CCUUUAAUCUCAGUUUAUUGCUAGCACCAGACCAGUCUCUAAUCCCCGCAGACCUGUAGGAGUGGAACAGGAGUCAGAACAGGAGCUGCUUCAUCUGUGAUCAUUUGGAAUUCCCCGCUUCAGCUCUGGAGAAAAUGGGCCGCAAGGAAGUGGAUGACACCCGUUCCUGGAAGAAACCGACCAACAACAUCCGAAAAACAUUUAUCUUCAUGGAGGCACUAGGAUCAGGUGCUUUUUCAGAAGUUUUCCUAGUGAAGCAAAGGACCACUGGGAAGCUCUUUGCUCUAAAGUGCAUCAAAAAGUCCCCUGUCAUCCAGGACAGCAGCCUGGAGAAUGAAAUCGCAGUGCUGAAGAAAAUAAAGCAUGAAAACAUUGUGACCCUGGAAGACAUUUACGAAAGUGCAACCCACUUUUACCUGGUCAUGCAGCUGGUGUCUGGCGGGGAGUUAUUUGACCGAAUUUUGGAACGAGGAGUUUAUACUGAGAAAGAUGCAAGUGUAGUGAUCCGACAGGUCCUGGCAGCAGUGAAAUAUCUCCAUGAGAAUGGAAUAGUUCACCGAGAUUUAAAGCCUGAAAACCUGCUUUACCUGACUCCUGAAGAAAACUCCAAAAUCAUGAUCACAGACUUCGGCUUGUCUAAAAUGGAGCAGAAUGGCAUCAUGUCCACCGCUUGUGGGACUCCAGGAUAUGUUGCUCCAGAGGUCCUAGCACAGAAGCCAUAUAGCAAAGCUGUAGAUUGCUGGUCUAUAGGAGUCAUUACCUAUAUCUUGCUGUGUGGAUACCCUCCCUUCUACGAAGAGACAGAAUCCAAACUGUUUGAAAAGAUUAAAGAAGGCUACUAUGAGUUUGAGUCUCCAUUUUGGGAUGAUAUCUCUGAGUCAGCCAAGGAUUUCAUCGCUCACUUACUGGAGAAGGAUCCAAAUGAGAGGUUCACCUGUGAGAGAGCCCUGAGGCACCCCUGGAUUGAUGGAAAUACAGCCCUUCACCGGGACAUAUACCCAUCUGUCAGUGCUCAGAUCCAGAAAAACUUUGCAAAGAGCAAAUGGAGGCAAGCCUUCAAUGCUGCAGCUGUUGUGCGCCACAUGAAGAAACUCCACAUGAACUGCCAUGCACAGCCUGACAUGAGCCUCCCUGUCAUACAAGUGUCAGAAGUAUCCAGACUCAACAGCCCUAUGGUCACCAGCCAAGAGGUACCCACUCAAGACAAGAAGAUGCUAAUCCCCAUGUUAGCAUGUCCAAUUCCUCCCAGCCAGCUUGACCAAAACACCCGGAUGACACAGAGCAAGUCACUAGAUCACUUGGUUAAUGGGUCACUCCCAGUCGACAAGUGCUUGAUCCUGCCGGACAAUCAGAGCCCUCCAACUCUAACUUCUUGCGGUUGCAGUUCAGCCUCUGAGGGGCAUGAGAAGGUGAAGACCAUCUUCUGUUCGGAGUCAGCGCUACUUAAAAAAGCUGCCAAAAACCAUCACUUCAAAUCAGAGGUUAUCGUACCCAUGAAAACCAAUAACAAUUCAUACCGUGGCACUGGGCAAACUGGUGUGUGUUUGGUCAUGUGAUUGGCAAGUCAUCCAUUUGAGCCAACACGUCUUUAACGAUUAACGAAACCAAGAUGGCCCUGGUGCUGUUUGUUAAAGCAAUGUGUGCUGGAGGAACUGUCCACUGAAACAAUUCCAAUAGUGACUUUGAACUCUCUCCUAUUCCAGAAGGGCUGAUUUACUCAUUUCUGCGCUUCACAGCCAGACAGCAAUAGCACAAGCAAGAGGAGAGGAGACUGAAUCCUGGCAGAAGCAGAUGGAGAGCCAUUGUCUCAAAGGAGAGUGGCCAUUUGUUGGAGAGCUGCACACUUUUUACUCUUAAGUAAUCCUUCAGAGCAACAACCUUGAAGAGAAUCUGGCUCACUAGAACAUGGAGCAGUUGCUUUAGAGAAGGGAGGUGUAUGGGCACAAGGCUUCUGCUAGCACCUUCCAUGUAUAUGACACAUACAUCAUUGCACAAGGCUGUAUCUUGGUUCUUAAUAUAUAUUGUGGAGUUGUUCAAUGUGUAACAAAUGUACUGCACAGUAUAAUUCUUUUAAAGCAAAGCCAUAUGGUGUUUAUUUAGUCACAGGCAUCCCAGCAGUUUUUACAGUCUAUACCUCUCUGUUAAGACUUCAACAGGCUGGAGCUCAGAUGUAAGAAGUUGUCCAGUAACAAUGGCCUGUCUUGGGUGUGCAGUUUUCCUUUUAAGCUGUGAAAGGAGAGAGCCUGCUACCAUCCUCCACAUGCCUGAUGAUAAUCAAAGUGAGGUC